AUAAAUUUAAUUUUAUGGAUUUUCUUCGGGUGGUGCAUACCUUCCUUCGCUGGCAACCCUGGCGCCUUGGGGAGUCGCGUUCGCCGUACCGACCGAAACGCACAGCUGUCAAAGUUUGCGUUUUGCCACUUCCUUCUAUCAUCGACUGUCGUCGGCGGACGUUCUUUCCGAGUACAUUUGCCAAUAUGCCUCCGAAGAAGGAUACCAAGGGAGCGGCAAAGCAGCCGCAAAAGACCCAGAAGAAGAAGGAAGGGUCUGGAGGCGGCAAGGCCAAGAAGAAGAAGUGGUCCAAGGGAAAGGUCCGCGAUAAGCUGAACAACCAGGUUCUCUUCGAUAAGGCCACCUACGAGAAGCUCUACAAGGAAGUGCCCGCCUACAAGCUGAUCACCCCCUCGGUCGUGUCUGAACGUCUGAAGAUCCGAGGCUCCCUGGCCAAGCGCGGUCUGCGGGAACUCUGCCAGAAGGGUCUGAUCCGGAUGGUCGUCCACCACCACGCCCAGGUCAUCUACACUCGCACCACCAAGGGAGACGAUCCAGUGGCGUAAGCUGUCGCUGCCAACUGAGUAUUGUUAACCGCUAGGAGCUAUCCUAUAUUAGGUGAAGAGAACAUAAGUGCGUGUGUACGAUUGCAACCUGCGUUUUGUCGCACCCCGUUACAACGGUACAUUCUGAGGAAAGUGAGGGGUGAACAGUUUAGAUGAUAUUCGCCAGCAGGAUGUAACAAGUUGCGAAAGAGGAGAUAAUAUACUUAUUGCUAAGUAAAA